CUUCGCCGCCGCCGCCGCUGCCGCUGCCCCUCUCCCGACCGGUGGCUGCCGCUGCCGCCACCACCGCCUCUGGGGGGCCGCGAGCCGAGCGGAGGCCUCCGCGGAGCACGAACCCCGCCGUCCCUCCGGCAGCCGAAGGCCCCGGGCCGGCUCGGCCGGCGCCUUCCGCGCCCCCCGGCCCGAGCGUCCGUCCGUCCGCCCGCCCCCGCGGGCCCGGCCUGGCGCGGACGCCCGCCGCCGCCGCCGCGCUCCUCCUCUUGCUUGGGCAGCCCGCGGCCCGCCGCUUCCCGUGCCUGCCGCCCCGCGCCCCGCGCCGCGCCGCCGCCGCCCUCGGCGCCCCGCGGCGCCCCCCGGUCCCGCCCGCCAUGCCCGGCCCGGCCGCGGGCAGUCGGGCCCGGGUCUACGCCGAGGUGAACAGCCUGAGGAGCCGCGAGUACUGGGACUACGAAGCCCACGUCCCGAGCUGGGGGUAAAGCCGCCGCCGGCCGCCCCACGCGCGAACCGCACCCGCCGGCCGCUCGGCCUCGGGGCUGGCAGGGAGGCCCGGCCCCGGCCGCACGUGUCCCCGGCCUCUCCUGUCCGCCCUGCCUCGGUCCCCGGCUCAGCCGCCGUAAUCAAGAUGAUUACCAACUGGUUCGAAAACUUGGUCGGGGCAAGUAUAGUGAAGUAUUUGAGGCCAUUAACAUCACCAACAAUGAGAGGGUGGUUGUAAAAAUUCUCAAGCCAGUGAAGAAAAAGAAGAUAAAACGAGAGGUUAAGAUUCUGGAGAACCUUCGUGGUGGAACAAAUAUCAUUAAGCUGAUUGACACUGUAAAGGACCCUGUGUCAAAGACACCAGCUUUGGUAUUUGAAUAUAUCAAUAAUACAGAUUUUAAGCAACUCUACCAGAUCCUGACUGACUUUGAUAUCCGGUUUUAUAUGUAUGAACUACUUAAAGCUCUGGAUUACUGCCACAGCAAGGGAAUCAUGCACAGGGAUGUGAAACCUCACAAUGUCAUGAUAGAUCACCAACAAAAAAAGCUCCGACUGAUUGAUUGGGGUCUGGCAGAGUUCUAUCAUCCUGCUCAGGAGUACAAUGUUCGAGUGGCCUCGAGGUACUUCAAGGGACCAGAGCUCCUUGUGGACUAUCAGAUGUAUGAUUAUAGCUUGGACAUGUGGAGCUUGGGCUGCAUGUUAGCGAGCAUGAUAUUCCGAAAGGAGCCAUUCUUCCACGGGCAGGACAACUAUGACCAGCUUGUUCGAAUUGCCAAGGUUCUGGGGACAGAUGAACUAUAUGGUUAUCUGAAGAAGUACCACAUAGACCUAGAUCCACACUUCAAUGAUAUCCUGGGACAACAUUCACGGAAGCGCUGGGAAAACUUUAUCCAUAGUGAGAACAGGCACCUUGUCAGCCCGGAGGCCCUAGAUCUUCUUGACAAGCUCCUGCGGUACGACCAUCAACAGAGAUUGACCGCCAAAGAGGCCAUGGAGCACCCAUAUUUCUACCCGGUGGUGAAGGAGCAGUCCCAGCCUUGUGCUGAGAACACCGUGCUUUCCAGUGGUCUCACCGCAGCACGAUGAAGCCUGGGGAAUCGACGGUAAUGCGGCACUGAUGCUUGCCAAUAAAACCAACCAACCAAACAAAAACUUGAAGGAAACUACAGUGUGAUAAAAAGAAAUUCUAAUCAUUCCUUCUAAAGGCAAAGAAGAGUAAAGACCUAAAGUCUGUCAAAAGCAAGAAACUCCCCAGUACUAGUCUGCAGGGAGCUGGCUGUGCAGUGUGGCAGAGCGCAUAGUUCAGGAUCUGAGGGACUCUCCCUUUGGAAUGCAUGGGAGAUGAGAAGCUCGGAGUUGUUGUACACGUACCUGCGUUUAACAGGAUACCACUGUUGAAUUAAUCCGUUCGGUCAACAAGCUCUGAAUAUCUGACUUCCUAUCUAUUCCAUUGUGGUCUGAUUUUCUGUGAGAAUUCAGGCUCAAGUUUUAGCAAAAGUCAGCAGUCUAUUCUGACACACCAGCCUCAUUUACAAAAAAAAAAAAGGAUUAAAACAGUGACAGUAUUUUUUUUAAGCUCUUUUACAAAUUCAUGUGUUAUGUAUUUUUUUAUGACAUGAGCUCUCCAGGAAAUGUACCUCGUUCCUGCAGUUUGCUUCUAAGUGUAUUCAUUGGGAAGCAAACCGCCGUUGCUCUCGCCACGUCCUCUUUGGUGUCAGAAGAUGGCACUGUAACUCUCGAGAUGCCAAGAACAGGUCCCAGGCUCGUUAGAUGUUCCAUGCUGUGUGCAUGACUUGGGGCUCACCUUUAUUGAUUUGCCUAACUAUUGAAUCUUGUUGCCUUUUUUUUUUCCUCUCUCUCUCUCUCUUUAGCUUUUUUUCCCCCUGGCCUUGUAAGAACCUCACAGUUUCUCAGCACAUCUUUGUGAGGGCGCUACUUCAAUGCUCCACUUUAAAACAAAGACUAUUUUUGUUCACUACCAUAGCUAUAGCUGGAAAGUUAGUCUUCAGGCAGGUCAAAGAGGGAGGAAAACAGUUCUAUUAGGAUUUAUUUAGGAAAGACCUCACGGGUGUAAAAAGGCCGACCACCAUCUUCCCUCCCCUAACCCUGUGACAAACAAGUCUGGCUGCAGUCAGGAUGGUGGGCAGAUGGAGCUCUGAUAGGUCAUACAUGAAUGUGAACGCAAAGACAUCUCUUGCAUGCGGCUGCUAGCUGUGGGUAAGGCUGUCCUGGAACUCCUGCAGCUGGCUGGAGAGGGAGAGCCAUGGCUUCCGGGAGGAAGUGGGGCUCCUGGAGCAAGUGUCAAAGCUUUACAGAUCCACUGUUACCUUCACGUUAGCAGAAGCUAAAUUUUGUUUUUUGUUUUUGGUUUUUUGUUUUUUUUAAAUAGGGCUGAUUUGAUUUGUGGGAUUGGUCACUGACAUGGUUUGCCAGCUAGUCCCCUCUCCUUGGCUGCAGCCACGCCUCAGCACUGGGGACCUAACAUGCUUGAGAUAUCCACCACAUCACACUUAGGGUUUCUUCAGAAACUAUUUAAUAAUGCCACACAUUUUUAUAAGGUUAGAUUGUUUGUUCGAAACAUCUGUUUACAUUCCAAAUUCCAAUAAAUUUGUAUUGGUAUUGGUAGCAGGUCCAUUUCUAAAUGCAGAUUCUAUUUUGUUGUUUGGUCUGUAGGAACUUAAAAGGCAAAUGUAACUCUUCUCUUGAUAGUACAGAGUUGAGUUUAUAGAUGAAAAUAAGAUCUUGGGCCAGUGGCAUGGCAGGUAUAGAUGUUUGCUGCCAAGACUGAUGGCCUGAGUUCAGCCCCAGACCCAUGUGGCAGGGGGAGAACCUACUCCGUGAGUUGUCUUCUUCCCACACCUGUGCUGUGGCAUGUGAACACAUACACAAUAAAUAAAGUUUUUAAAAUCUUUAAGAUCUUUAUAAAGCAGGACAUACAUUCAGUUAAGGUUUUUAUAGAGCUGCUGCCUCCUCGCGUUGAGCCCUGUGUUCCCAUGUAUAUAUUUGUUCUUCCUGAGAGGUGGAAACAUAACAUGGCCGAGACAUGACCAGUGUUAACACAUCAAGUAUUGGGGAUUACCAUGGCUAUUCUCAUGUGCUGUCACAGGCAGCCUGGAUCCUUGGUGGUCAGGGGAUGACCCAAGCUCCUCUUCCCUCUCUCUCUCUAAGUUGUUCAAGAGCUUAUUGGAGGGUCUCAGUUGAGCAGUAAUCCCACCUCUUUGCCCUGGGUCCUCCAGAGACAGUCCAAACAUCUGGGAAAAGAGUUGGCCAUAUUCCCCCACACACACACAACCACUCCCCCCAGCCCCCUGGAAUGCUGGGGGGAGGCCCUUGAGUGACAGCUGGGGGCGGGGCGUGCAGCAGGGACUGCACUUUACCUCUCCCGCCUUGGGCUUGAGAUGCUCCCCCUGGGUUUGUACUUGAUCUUAGGCUGACCUUUCCCAAACUGCAGUGUUAGUGGACCUUUCCUGCCUGUCUCACAUCUCCCUUGGUAUAUAUGUAACAUGUAUGCCCGGCACAGCUUGCUCCAGCCUCCUGGAGAUUUUCCCUGGGUUUUAAAGAGUGUGUAUGAGUAGUGGUGAGGCUAGGAAAUUUACCCAUCCAGUAUCCUUUUUAUAUUCUUUUUAAACUCAUCUCAUAAUUCUCGUUUGUUUCAUUACCUUAUUAGAGGUCAAAAGUGCCUAUGACAAGGACUUAAUUAUUUCCUAAUGAAAAGCAAAAAAAAAAAAAAAGACCCCACAAAAACCUGUGGGGAACAGGGUAGUGUUGCACUGUCAUCUCAGGUAUGCCUGUGUUGAAGAGUGCACCUGGUGUAAUAAGAAGCCGCUCCAGGCCCAAGUUCCUAUCAGUUUCUCUCCUUGGUAUCCACAGGGAGUGCGACCGCAAGGUUGCCUGGACUAAAAGCCAUGCUGAGAAUGAGAAGUGUGUUGGUGACAGUUUGUCCUUUUCAGGUGCCAGUCAGCUGACCUGCUCCCGUCCUUGUAGGUGGCUGGGUAGAAGCCAGGCCUGGUGGACCUUACCCUAAUGUCCAUGCUUCGGGCACAUGGGUUCCCUGGUUGAAAGGGAGAAGGUACUCUCAGUCCAACUACUGAGAGAAAGGAGCUAGGAGUCCCUGAAGCUUAGAGAAGGUGGCUGGCUGUUGGGAGCAGGUGAAAAGAUCCUGUAAGGACAGUGUUGUAAAGGUGGGCCUUAAGAGCUCAUACUUCUAAGGAUGAAACUAGGGGACACUAAGUUCCUGUUGCAAAUGCCUGGAGAGGACACUGCCCCUGGCUGGGGUCCUGUGGCCCUUGAAAGGUAGUUGCCAAGCGCCUCAGGGAAACAAUCUAGGUCUCCAGGAGCUAAUGUGUCAGCAGAGCUACUUGGGGGACAGGAAGGAUAGAAAGAGUUUAUAUGUGCAUUGAGAUAAAUGUAGGAGCCAGUUAACUUUCUGUUAACACCAGUUAAGAUUCCCAGACACCACAGGGAAGGGAGUUUCUAGGUAAGAGCUGGGGAGAGGUGGUUGCAGAAUGCCAGCCCUUCUGAAAGCAAAAGCAAGCAGGUGUCUUGAGCACACAAGAACCUGAAUUUGUCAGGGAGCUUAAUAAAUUAAAACUGAAGUGGGUUCUGUCUUUAAAAAAUAAGCCCAAGGGAGGUGGCCAAGAGUGCUUGCUUUUGCUAUGGCGGUCUUGGUUGUAGAACCUGGCAAGGAUGGAUUAUACAGCAGACGCAUACUUUGUGUCAACCAAUGUGCUACAAAUGUGACACUUGACCCUGAACUGCAUGUAUUGGGGAUUUUUAAAAGAAAAAACAAACUUUGAAUCAAUAAAUUAACAGUUUUUUCCACUUGGUGGCUCUUCUUGAUGUAAAUGGUGAAUUGGGGACAGAAUCUUGUUAUCCAGUGGCAAGUUUGGAUAAUCUUCAAGAACCAAGGAGCCUUCUGUUUGCAGGGGAAAAAACACUGCCUGUGUUGUGGUCUUUUUCCAAAGGAACACUACAAACCCAGUUCCUCCGUGUAGCCCUGGAUGACUGAUGUGGUGCCGUGUCAAAUCCCAUUUUCCUAAAUAAAGUUUCUGUUGACAAUU